UUUCCCUGCAUCUUAUGUCUAGAUACAAAGAAGGUUCAUCUGCUUCAAACACACACAGAUAUUCACAAGCAGCUCUCUCUCUCUCUCUCUCCUCUCGAUCUAUAACCUGCAAACCCACACAAGCUCAUAACCUGCUCCCUAAACCCCCCUUUUUCGAUCGACAAAACGCACCACCGCCACCACCGUCUGGUGGUGGAGCGGCGACGGAGAUAAGGAGAGAGAGAAAUACAGGGCAAAGGAGAUGGCGGCAGCACCGCCAUACGCGACGGCGACGUUUCCGGCACGACCCGCUAAUAGCGGCGGAGCCACGACGGCAGUGGUGGUCGUUAUUGCUCAAUUCCGAUUCAUCAGGCUCUGGGUUGGUUCGAGAUUGGGUUCGAGUAGAAGUGUCACAGGAAUAUGGUUCGGUUCAACAUCAGGCUCGGGUCCUGUUCGGGUGUUAUUUCGGUUCAGCUUCUGACAAGUGGUUCACGGCUCGGGUAUUUCGGUUCAGUCCGCACCGGUCAGACUGGUUCUCCGGGUCAACCACAGAUCCUCAGGUCAAAGUCUCGGUCUGGUCAAACGAGUCAAAACUGGUGACUGUCUCGAGAGUCAUCUCGCCUUGUUCGGGUGACCUUGUUGUUCCAACCUCCUAAUCUUUUACACUCGUCAACGCUUGGAUAAUCGGAAGGCUUAGCAAUUAUGUGAGUAUACUCGCAACCCCUUUUUAUGUUUACCACUUUUGGGGUGUAACAUGUUUAACUAUUAAACUACACUUAA